CCGGUCGGUUCAGGAAACGCGACGGCGGAUGGGAUCACCACGUGGUCGUGACGCCAUCGCGCCCGCGCCGGGUGGGCUGACGUCGCCGGUUUCCGCGGGAUCCGGGCCGCGCUCCGGCCGCCGCUGCCUGCGGAGUUGCGCUGUGUGACCGUCUCUUUGCUUCUCCGUCGCCCGGCCGGGGCCUCGCGCGCCACCAUGUACCAUAACAGUAGCCAGAAACGACACUGGACUUUCGCCAGCGAGGAGCAGCUCACGCGACUGCGGGCGGACGCCAACCGCAAAUUCAAAUGCAAAGUGGUGGCGAACGGGAAGGUGAGGACCCUUCCUCCCCGCCCCGAUCUCUCGAGCCCUGGCCGCACCCGCACCGCAGCCCUCGCCUCGCUUCACGUCCUGCUCUUCCGCGGAAUGCCUUUUCUCUGAGGUUCUUCCAAAUGAUCCAGUCUUUCUCGAACCUCAUGAAGAAAUGACGCUCUGUAAAUACUAUGAGAAAAGAUUAUUGGAAUUCUGUUCCGUAUUUAAGCCAGCCAUGCCAAGGUCUGUUGUGGGCACAGCUUGUAUGUAUUUCAAGCGGUUUUACCUUAAUAACUCAGUAAUGGAAUAUCACCCUCGGAUAAUAAUGCUUACAUGUGCAUUUUUGGCCUGCAAAGUAGAUGAGUUCAAUGUAUCAAGCCCACAAUUUGUUGGAAAUCUGCGAGAGAGUCCUCUUGGACAGGAGAAAGCGCUAGAACAGAUUUUGGAAUAUGAACUGCUACUUAUACAGCAACUUAAUUUCCACCUUAUCGUUCACAACCCAUAUAGACCAUUUGAGGGCUUUCUCAUUGAUAUAAAGACGCGCUAUCCCAUGUUGGAAAAUCCAGAGAUGCUGCGGAGAACUGCUGAUGACUUUCUCAACAGAGUUUCAUUAACAGAUGCUUAUCUUUUGUACACACCAUCCCAAAUUGCCCUGACUGCCAUUUUGUCUAGUGCAUGCAGAGCAGGAAUUACUAUGGAAAGUUAUUUAUCAGAAAGUCUGAUGCUGAAAGAUAAUAGAACUUGUUUGUCACAGCUGCUAGACACAAUGAAAAGCAUGAGAAAUUUGGUAAAAAAGUAUGAAGCUCCUAGACCUGAAGAAGUCGCUGUUCUGAAACAGAAGCUGGAGCGAUGUCACUCUGCUGAGCUUGCACUCAACGUGACCACAAAGAAGAGGAAAGGCUAUGAAGACGAUGAUUAUGUCGCAAAGAAAUCCAAGCAUGAGGAAGAAUGGACUGAUGAUGACUUGGUAGAUUCUCUUUAACCAUUUGGAAUAGACCUAUCAACGUUAUUUACCAAUCAACAAGAGAAAUUAUAUCAGCUUUUAACUAUCUGAAGAUGAAAUAAUGUUAAAGCAUCUAUGCAUCAUUAAACGUUCCUAUUAUUUCCUAUUAAAAGUUGUCUUUUUUUUUUAAAGGGGGGUAUCUUUCAGCACUGCUUUUUGUGAAAGUGUUUUCUGAAGAGCUGGAAUGGCACCUACAUUAUAUUAUCUUCUAGUCUCAAAUUUUCCUUUGGUUUUUCUUGGCCACACCUGGCUGUGCUCAGGGUUUACUCCUGGCUCUGUGUCCAGGGAUCACUGGUGAGGCUGAGGGGACCAUAUGGGAUGCCAAGUAUUGAACCUGAGUCGCCUCUUACCAGGCAAGCACCCCUGCCAACUGUAUUCUCUGGCACCUAAUCUCAAUCUUUUCUAUGGUAGCCAAAUUAAAAUUUUAAAUUUA